CGGACCAAAAGAGAUACCCGUCGGCCAAUGCGAAAUCACUUCGAUGAGUGACCGCAAAAAGUGCCAAUCAUGAGCAGGCGUGUGUAGGAGGACAUGGCCUGUCGCCCAUAGCAGCACCCAGAAGGCGGGGCAAGAGCAGGAAGCCAGAGAGGGGCGUUUCGCUGGCGGCUUCAGCGGAGGAAUGGAUGACAGAGGAGGAGCUGGGUAUAUGGGAGGCUAUGACUCCUACAGAUAUGAUUAUGGGCAAGACUCGGGGCACAGCUAUAGCUCAAAAUCCUGGCAGACGUCCUACCCUAUGUCCUCCAGUGAUGAUCCUGGUGAUGGCACAGAGGCCCACCACAUGACAAGCAGAUACAGUUCCUACGACAUGAGUGAUCGGAUGGGGUUUGGCUCCUCUGAGCCAGGUAUGGCAUAUGGCAACCGUCGGGAAAUGCGUCAGUCAUACCCUCCCCAACGUGGCUGGGGCGGAGGACACCGCAGAGCAAUGCGGGGAAAUUUAGGGGCUUCAGGAGCAGGCCGAGGACCAGCGCGGCCUCCCCCACUUCUCAACCCUAUGCCCUACUCAGAAAUGGCAGGUUUUCAGGGACUGAGGGCAUUCACUGGGAACUCUUAUUUUGGAGGAGGAUUCAAGCAGAAGACUAAGAGACUUAAUAGGGAAAGGGCACGGCAGAAAAAGGCUGCAGAAGGUGAAGGGCCUCCUCCAGAAAAGAAAGGAAAGUCGGCAACCAGCACGGAGGAUGCUGAGGAGGCGGAGUCAGAUGGGAAUGGAGCGAAUGUGGAGUCAGCAAAGGCCACUAAGAAUGAUGGGGAUGAUAAUGAAGUUGAUGAGAAAGAAACCGCUGAGAAUGAAAAAAGUACAGAAGAGAAAAAAGCAGCAGCGCGGAGGCAACAGGAGACACAAAGCAAGCACCUGCGAGACCGAAUGGUAGAGAGGAUUCAGUUUAUCUGCUCACUGUGCAAGUUCCGUACAUUUUAUGAAGAAGAAAUGUCAAAUCACCUUCAAAGUGACUUCCACAAGGAACAUUUUCGCUACAUAGGGGGGAGGCUUCCCAAGCAGCAAGCUGAUUUCCUAGAGGAAUACGUCAGGCAUAAGGCAAAGAAAACAGAGGAACGGCGUGUGGUUGUAGAAGACCUUAGUUCCACAAUCCAACAAAUCUACCGUGACCAAGACCUCACUCAGGGUCUGGGACUGGAACAUUUCAUCAAGAAGGUCGAAGCUGCUCACUGUGCGGCUUGUGAUAUCUUUAUUCCAAUGCAUUUUUCUGCCUUACAACGACAUCUCAAAUCCCCGUUACACAAUCAGAACCGAAGGAAUACGAUGGAGCAGUCUAAAAAAUCUGCGUUGGCGGUUGCGCGAAGUAUCCUGAAUAAUAAGCAUAUCGGCCAGAAACUGCAGCGCUAUAUUAAGGGUGAGAAUCCUUUCACAGAUGAUCAAGAAGAAAACCUGGAAGGUGAUAAUGCGCCCGGACAUAUAAGCACUGAAGCCAGCACAAUGGAAGAAGAUGCACCCUCGGCAGAAUGUCCCCCUGAUGAAGGAGACAUCCAGUCUUCCCAUGAGCCUGCUGCUGCUGCUGAGCAAGAGCCAAGUACGGAAGACUUUUCACCACAAGAAUCAUGGGAAGCACAAGAAGGGGCGGAUCUGAUUUAGAGAACUGGUAAAAAAAAAA